UCCGAGCUAUUCAACCCAGCAAAUCAUCUCCCAUCGCUUUCUUCUAGUUGUUUUCACCGUUUCCCUACUUCAACCGUCUUCUCUCGGCCCUCUUAUAAUGGAGGAAGCACUUAGGCGACUAAAUGGAAUGACCCAUGUCCAAGAAUCCAUCCCACUCGAACAACUCAUCACCGACAACAACAAAAAGAGCACUAAUGGAGCCCCAGCAGCUGCCUCCGCCACCACCACGAACAAGAGGUCGCUGAAAGAAAGUGGUGGUGGCUCAGGUGGGACCUUGAGGUACCGUGGGGUUCGUAGGAGACCCUGGGGUCGCUAUGCAGCAGAGAUUAGGGACCCCCAGUCCAAAGAAAGACGUUGGCUUGGCACUUUUGACACGGCUGAGGAGGCUGCUUGUGCCUAUGACAACGCUGCUCGAGCCAUGCGUGGCCUUAAGGCUCGUACCAAUUUCGUGUACCCGACUACUGAUCCUCAUUCUACGACAGACCCCUUUCUCCCUCCAUUCAGUUUCUCAUCAAAACAAUCUCAGGCGUCCAUCAUGGAUCUUACCUCACGCCACUUCAACACCAAUUCUUCAAACUGGCCAUCGUUUGGAAACCCUCAUGUUCCAGACUUCUCUGGUUCUGCGACCCAGAGGAGUAGUUCUGCUUCCUCUAACAUGCUUCUCCGUCGUGAUUUCCUUAACCCCUCAUCAGGUUCAUCGUUUUAUAAUCAUCCUCAAGCUUUAUAUGAUCAGUUUCCAUACAUUAAUGGCUCCUCUACUUCUGCGUCUAGCACUUUCUCUAGUGGUUCUUUGGUGAAUCCCUCCAAUGGUUCAAAUGUAUCUUAUAAUUUAACAGUGUCUUCUUCGAGUUCUGUACCAGUAAAUGAGGAUAGUCGUAGUUAUAACUUUUCUGGAGGCCCUGAUAGGGCAAAUUCUCAAGCCGAUUAUAUGGAAUUCUUUCCACAAGAACCAUCUGAUUCUGGCUUAUUACAAGAGAUCAUUCAAGGGUUUUUUCCAAAACCCUCCGACAAGAUUAACUUUUCAAAGAGCUCAAUAAAUUGUACUAGCGAGUCAACGGUUGCAUCAGCACCUCAAAUGCCCACCUGCCCAAUGCUUGAUGGGUUUAGAAGGGAAAUCAAGAGUGAGCACUUGGUUAAGAAUGAGAAUCUGGCUAUAUAUCUUGAUCAUUAUCAUGGUGGUCCUGUGCAGUUGGAGAAUUUCAAUGGCGUUAAUUCUCAUGUGGUUCCUUGCGGUCAUGGUUCGCAAGAGAACCUUUAUAUGGGUGCAGACUCCAUUUUAGACGAUAUUUUUCAAUAUCCAGAUCUUAUGAGUGGCUUCGCUGCCAGAGUCCAGAAUGCUUGACGCCUCUUGAUGGGUGCAACUACUUUGUUAGAAGACGUUAAGAUUUAUGUACAACAAGCUUUAUGACCCUUAGAUAUAUAUUAAAGCAAAUGCUAAUUCUAGGGUUCCUGGAAAAUCAGCAGCUAGUUACUUUAAAGUUAAUUUACUACCAUGCGAGGAAUCUCCUCUUGGAAAUUUAAAGUUGAAGUAAUGUCAUCUUCCUUAAUUACGUACCCAAUGGUAACAUGUAUCGGAGUUUCCCCAA